AGAACCCACUACCCAGUUGUUCUGAGGGCUCCCGGAGCUGAGGAGUUGAAGGACACAGGCCAGUCGUGGGCUGUAUGUGAAGCAAAAGACAGGGGCGGCAUGGCGUUCCUCUCAUCAACACUUCACAGCCUAGGGAUCUUUGAAAAGAUUUCCAGGAUAAAAGAGGUUCUCAAGAAUAGGCUGCUGGACCUUACAAAGCGUCGGGACCAAGCACGGGAGCAACAAAGGAAACGGCCCCACACCAUCAUACAGGGGCUGCUCCUCUGGAGUCUUCCAGUUUCCUGGAUCCGGUUCCUGUGGCGACAGCCAGGGGAGUUUCCAGUAACUGCUUUCCUGCUAGGAGCAGGCACUGGUGGGCUCCUGGCCAUAGGUCUCUUUCAGCUCUUGGUGAAUCCCAUGAACAUUUAUGAGGAGCAGAAGGUGGUGGCGUUAUACUGCUUGGCAAGCUUGGGGGCCAUCGGCUGGGGCACCUCCCCUCACAUCCGCUGUGCCAGUCUCCUGUUGGUACCCAAGAUGCUGGGCAAAGAAGGCAGACUCUUUGUCAUGGGAUAUGCUUUGGCUGCUAUCUACAGUGGGCCGGCGGCCAAUCUAAGGUCCAACAUCAACGAGGUGAUAGCAUCCCUGGGCUGCACUGUGGAGCUGCAGAUCAACAACACCCGAUCCGCCUGGCGAGUCUCCACAGCCCCUCUGCGGGCAGUGUUCAAGGGCAUGGUGGGCAGCAAAGAUUCAUUGAAUAAAGAGAUUCAGAACGUCUCUACCUCCUUUGAAGAGAUGGAUGAACAGGUGAAGAGUGAUGCUGGCUACUCAUCUGAGGACUGGGACAAGAACAGAGAAAGCACAGAGAUGUUCGGAACCUCCCGCGUCCGACCCUACCUGUCCACACAGAUGGUGUAUGAGCUGAGGACCAGGCUACGCUGCAUCCAUGUAGUAAAUAAGGCCAUACUCAGCUGCUACCGCUGGUUUGAUAAAAAGCAUAAAAACUGCAUGCGACGCAUCCACCUCCCACUCUUCAACAACAUGAUCUGUGUGCCAAUGAAGUUCAAGUUCCUCUGUAACAUUGCCAAGGUGAUAGAGAUCUGGUGUUACAAACGCAUCCCCGUGGAAGGCAACUUUGGGCAAACCUAUGACUCGGUCAACCAGUCUAUCCAUGGACUGUCUGGAGAAUUUUCAGCCAAUAUUAACCUUAAGGAAGAGAAGCAGUCUUCAAUGGUGGGUCUCAACACCACGAACUGGGAGCACAUGGGCACCGAGGUGCGGGACUAUGUUCGCCAGCAGGAGACCUAUCUGCAGUGGGCUAUGGGGCUGCUGCACGUGCUUCUGUCCUGCACGUUCCUGCUGGUCUUCCAUUCAGCCUUCUCCUACAUGGACCACUACAACUGGGACAUCCGCUUUGACAACAUCUACAUCAGCACCUACUUCUGUCAGAUUGAUGCACGCAGGAAGAAGCUGGGCAAACAGAGUCUGUUGCCACUCCGCAAGGCAGAAAGGAAAACGGUUAUCUUCCCUUUCAAAGCUACUAUCCAGGCCUGGGAAAUGCGCUAUGUGAUAAGAGAGCUCCUAGAGACUCUGCCUAUUGUGCUGCUGCUCCUGGUGCUGUGCGCGAUCGACUGGGCACUCUACUCUGUCUUUGACACCAUCCGCCAGCACUCUUUCGUGCAGUAUUCCUUUCGAAGCAGUCACAAGCUGGAGAUAAAAGUCGAGGGAGAUUCCAUACUCGCCAAGCUUCUUCGUAAAACCAUCGGCGCUCUGAACACCUCCUCGAGUACAGAUGUGGAAACAAACAACAUGCCCUGCCUGCCCCAACCCAUUAGCCUGAAUGCCAGGGAUUACUUCAAGGCCUCACUGCCAACCCUCCUGCUUGUGUGUCUCUGCCUAGCUCAGGCCUUUGGCUACCGACUCCGGAGAGUCAUCGCAGCCUUCUAUUUCCCCAAGCGAGAGAAGAAGCGGGCUCUGUUCUUCUACAAUGAGUUCCUGAAGAAGAGAUCAGCUUUCACUAAACUGAGGAGGGCCGCCAUUGUUCGGAGGGCAAAUCAGCAGAAGGCUCCACCCCACUACCUGGUGGAGGCUCUGUAUCGCCGGUGCCCUCUCCUGCACCGCUUCAUGCGUCAGCGCUGUGUGGUGUGCCAGGCAAUGGAGACGCCGGAUUCCUACGUGUGCCCCACACCAGACUGCAAGGCCCUGUACUGCCGGUCGUGCUGGGACGACAUGCAACGGCUCUGCCCGGUGUGCACGCCCCGCGAAGAGCUCUCGUCAUCCGCCCACAGCGACAGCAACGACGACGCUGUGUAUGGCGAUUGAAGGGAUGCUGCCCGCCUUCUUGCUUAAUAAAGUGUGAUGCACGC